UUCCGGUGGCUUCGUCUCUUAAUCGUUGUAGUAAUGCUCGUUGUUUCUCGAUGCGACUUUCAAGGUCACGGAUCUCGUCAUUCUGUUCGGCGAUGGAUCGGUCCAUGUCCGGGAGCUCACGGACCUGUGCGCGAGCACGCUGCAGCUUGUGUUUCAGGCCAUCCGUGGCUCCAGGUACAUCUUUGAAAGACAAUGUAGGUCCAGAGGCGUUGUGACUGGUGGUCCCCGGUGCAGGCUCAGUAGUGAUUCCAGCCGACGACUGAAUACCGGCACGGACGCGGGCGAGAACGAGAGAGAGCUCGGAAAGGGCGUCUAGAGUAUCCGGAGAGAACGUGGGCGGGAGGGCCAAUGGGUGUGGGCCAGAUGUGGAUGCAGGCGCAGAUGCAGAUGAUGGAGACAUGGUCUGUCGUUCUAUGAUAUGACUCGAUUCAACUUUGACCGCUCGAGGGCUCGCUCGGGAAGGAUGGUGGGAGAGAAUCAGGCGACGUAGGCGUGGAUGCGGUGUAGUAUGAUAUCGGCAGGCAGUUGAAGGUGAGUAUCUCUAUUACAUACAGCUCGGGGAAAUAGGCCGAGCGGGUUCUCUCAGCCUUGCAUAAAAGCUCGUAGUAGCGUCAAGUUUUAUCACAGCUGGUGGUGGGCAAAUGGAAAAGAUCGAUUGGGCCGUUGUGUUGUUGGGUUGACGGUCCGAAAGGGAAAAAAGGGUCAAAGGCCGACAGUGUGAGCUCAUCAUUAUACGUUACAAAAAGGAUAUCUAUGUAUACGACGCACCGUGUGAAUACAAAUCAUGGCUGGUGAGUGGCAUGACAUAAACCCCCACCAAUACAACGUGUUUCCCUGCAAACCCAUCUGUCGUGUCUGGGCCGAUCAAAUCACGCAUCAUUUCUUUUACUCAAGACAGGCCCGAGUUACUCUCCGUCUUAUCCUUAUCUUCCUAGAGCCUCUUCUUUAUACCUCGUCUAUUUCUUUCUCAUUUAACCUGGUCCUCUUCUUCUUUCUUCUCACUGCUUCAGUGCAAGAAAAAAAAAAGAACCAACAAACAGCAGUCAUCAUGUCCAAGACUGAUCAAAAAGCCUGCCUCAGUACGUCGUCAUGCCCCGCCCCCUCCAAAUUCCAACAAAUCCAUUUUCAUACCCCGCGAUCGCGAUAGCAACAGCCCUGCCAUGGCUCAUUAUCCUGAGCAACGUUUGAAGACAACUACUCCCGUCGCUCAGGAAUAGCCAAUUGUCUCGCGACCAGAUUGGAUUGUUACAUCCUGUUUUGUCCUCAUAUAUUUGGAGCUGGCCUGGCUAAUCAUGUUGUUUUUGCAUUCUUAUAGUCGUCAUUGACGGUUGGGGCAUUCCCUCUGUCGACAGCCCCAAGGACGGCGAUGCCAUCACCAACGCCAAGACCCCCGUCAUGGACGCUCUCUACAAGGACUCCAAGGGCUACACUGAGCUCGAGGCCUCGUCGCUGGCGGUGGGACUUCCCGAGGGUCUCAUGGGUAACUCUGAGGUUGGACACUUGAACAUUGGUGCUGGUCGCGUUGUGUGGCAGGACGUCGUCCGAAUCGACCAGACCAUCAAGAACGGCCAGCUGGCCCAGAAUGAUGUUAUCAAGAAGACUUUCCAGAGUGUUGCUGCUGGAAACGGCCGACUACACCUCUGCGGUCUUGUCUCCCACGGUGGUGUGCACGCCAAGCAAACCCACCUCUACGCCCUCCUCAAGGUUGCCAAGGAGUAUGGUGUGCCCAAGGUCUUUAUCCACUUCUUCGGUGAUGGCCGUGACACCGACCCUAAGUCCGGCGCCGGCUAUAUGCAGGAACUUGUCGAUACUGCCAAGGAGAUUGGCAUCGGUGAGAUCGGUACCGUUGUUGGCCGAUACUUCGCCAUGGACCGCGAUAAGCGUUGGGACCGCCUCGAGAUCGCCCUUAAGGGUCUUGUCCUCGGUGAGGGUGAGGCCUCUGAGGACCCCGUUGCUACCGUCAAGGCUCGAUAUGAGCGAGGUGGUGAUCUUGAUAGGGAUGAGUUCCUCACUCCCAUCAUUGUUGGCGGCGAUGAGCGCCGCAUCAAGGAUGACGAUACUGUCUUCUUCUUCAACUAUCGAUCCGACCGUGUCCGCCAGAUCACCCAGCUUCUGGGCGAUGUUGAUCGAUCUCCUCUUCCCGACUUCAAGUACCCCAAGAUCAAGCCCCUUGUCACCAUGACUCAAUACAAGGGUGACUACCCCUUCGAGGUUGCUUUCAGGCCCCAGCAUAUGGGUAACGUCCUCGCCGAGUGGUUGGGCAAGCAAAACGUUGAGCAGGUCCAUAUUGCUGAGACCGAGAAGUAUGCUCACGUCACCUUUUUCUUCAACGGUGGUGUUGAGAAGGUCUUCCCUCUCGAAACCCGUGAUCAGUCCCAGGAUCUUGUCCCCUCCAACAAGUCCGUUGCUACCUACGAUCUUGCACCUGAGAUGUCUGCCGAUGGUGUUGCCGACCAGGUCGUCAAGCGCCUGGGUGAGCAGAAAUUCCCAUUCGUCAUGAACAACUUUGCCCCUCCUGACAUGGUUGGUCAUACUGGUGUAUAUGACGCUGCCGUCAUCGGCUGUGAGGCCACCGACAAGGCCAUUGGAAAGAUUCUCGAGGGCUGUAAGAAGGAGGGCUACGUCCUCUUCAUCACAGCCGAUCACGGCAACGCUGAGGAAAUGAAAUUCCCUGAUGGAAAGCCGAAGACUAGCCAUACCACAAACAAGGUGCCCCUCCUCAUGGCCAACUACCCCGAGGGCUGGAGCCUCAAGAAGACCGACGAGGGUGUCCUCGGUGAUGUUGCCCCUACCGUGCUUGCUGCCAUGGGUCUGCCUCAGCCCGAGGAGAUGACUGGCAAGUCCCUUCUCCAAAAAGCUUAAUGUUUAUGACGUUGAUGAGAGCACGUAUCCAAAAUAAGAGUCCCUGGGAUGAUGUAGCAGUAGUGGGUGUGGCAUUAGCGAUUCGUGGGUUGUUGGUGAUUGUUGCGCGUGAGUCGAUGCGAUGACUCUGGAGUUGAGGGCGGCAGCGUUAGAAAUUAUGCUCGGUUGCAUAGACAUAGAGUCGUAAUCCUAAGAGAGUAAAACGACCAGUUAUAGAGACGAACAGUAUUGCCUCUCAGUUUAUUGCCUGUAUCGGUACAAAUAUCUAAGGGAAUUAGUCCGCUCUGAGGCCGUCGAUGGAAUCGAUUGAUAUUACCAGUUUCUGAAUGGGUGGAUCAAGGCACCGAUGGGUAGACCUUAUAGUGCAUUAGGUACUUUCUGCUUGUUUCCUGUAUUUAAAUUAUACAAAGAAAACGGCAUUGAAGCACCUACAACAACCAGAUUGCCCUAUACUGGCUAGCAAAUUCCCACAAAAACAAUUCUAGAUAAAUCUCUUCUAUACAUGAAGUUCGGUGUAUGAUAUUGGAAUUGAGAUCAGGUGGUUAGUGAUCUCUUAAUCUUAAAAACCAAUAAUGCCCUUUCUUGACAGCUGGACUUCCCAUAUCAGUUAGACAUAAUUGUCCUGUCCAUCACAUGGGAUGAUACACCGACAGUAUGAACACUACACGAAUGCAUUUCUUGGGUCAAAUUAUGAUGGAAUAACAACACCCGAACUAAGUCUAGGUUAUUCGAAAUUGGCGACAGGUGAAAGGGGUUGAACAAGAAACAACAAUUGAAGGCAU